AUGGCCAAGCAGGGGCAAAUUUGCACUUCAGCCAGUCACUUCAUGACUCAGCGGUCUGUAUACGACAAAGUUGUGGCAGGUUUGGUAGAGAGAGCCAAAGCGACUCUGGGACUGGGCCUACAGGUGGUGUCCAAGGCUCAAUAUGAACGAGGGAUACCAUACAGGAAGAAGAGAAAUCAGGAGGAUGUGACAGUCGGGCUUGAAUGGAAACCCUGUCAAUCGUCGAAAGGAAAAGCCGAUAAUGCCGCCUACGAUCUUGGAACCGUGAUGUUUACUCAGGAUAUCAAAGGUGCUCAACCCGUGUCUAGGAAGUCGAAGCUGGAA